GUUCUCUCGAGUGACUUGAGUUGGGCUUUUGCUUUGGAGGAACACGAAUCUUCGACUCGGUCGCCAUUCGCACGAGCGCACAGCAGCCACGCACCCGCCAAGUACACCGGAGGAGAAUAAGAUUUCAGGAAUCCAGCAAUGUCAGCCAAGGUAGCCAACGCCAAUCGCGCGUUCCCCCUCCAUCCAUUCUCCACGAAUCCGCUCCGCACAAGAGACGAUGUCGUUGCCGCCGUCGCCUCGCUGCUGGAUCCCCUCGCUGGCGGAGACUCUCCUCAGCAUUCCAUGGUAAAAGUAGGGUGCACGGGGACGCGCUUCGACGAGACUGCUGCGCAAGUAGAAGGCUAUGCGCGCCCGCUAUGGGCAUUGGCUCCUCUGCUUGCGGGCGGGAGCAAGUAUGCGGGUACAGAGCGCUUUGUGCAGGGCCUCGUAGCUGGGACUGAUCCAGAGAGCGAAGAGUUCUGGGGGUAUAUGGAGGAUCAGGACCAGCGCAUGGUGGAGGCGUGCCCCAUAGGAUACACGCUUGCCAUUGCGCACAAGGACUUCUGGGAUCCGUUGACAGACAAGCAAAAGAAGAACGUCGAGACGUGGCUGGGGAGCAUGAAUGACAAAGAUAUGCCCAAUACGAACUGGCUCUGGUUCCGCGUCUUCGCCAAUCUCGGUCUUGCGAAGAACGGCGCCAACUGGUCGAAAGAGCGUCUGGACGCUGAUAUCAAGCAGCUCAACACGUUCUAUCGCGGCGAUGGCUGGUCGAACGACGGUCCGGAGGGGUACCGACAGAUGGACUACUACUCCGGUUCUUUCGCUAUCCAGUACCUGCAGCUCCUCUACGCGAAACUCGCUGGGGAAAUGGACCCAACGCAAGCUGAAGAGUGCAAGAAACGCGCACGAAUGUACGCAGAGGACUUUGUGCAUUACUUCGAUCCCGAGGGCAGAGCCAUCACGUUUGGGCGGUCACUGACGUAUCGAUGGGCCAUGGUAGCUUUCUGGGGCUCGGUAGCCUUCGCGGACGUGGAGCUGCCGGCUCCGCUGUCCUGGGGCGUAGUGAAAGGCAUCUGGCUGAGGAACCUGCGGUGGUGGACGACGCAGCACGAUAUCUUCCAGCCGAACGGAAUGCUCAGCAUUGGGUAUUCCUACCCUAACACAUACCUCGCCGAGAACUACAACUCUCCGGGAUCGCCAUACUGGUGUAUGCUGGCCUUUUCUCCGCUCGCAAUGCCCGAAAGCCAUCCGUUUUGGAGUUCCAAAGAAGAACCGCAUCCGUUCGCAAGCCAGCGGGUCGUCAAGCCUCUUCCUCAUCCCAGACACAUUGUUGUCAGGAGCGGUGGCCACACCUUCCUCUUGUCGAGCGGACAAUCCUGCCACUACCCACUCAAGAACACACAAGCUAAGUACGGCAGAUUCGCCUACAGCUCAGCGUUUGCGUACUCCGUAUCCACAGGCUCCUACACGCUGGAGCAAUUUGUUCCAGAAUCGUCGCUGGCACUUUCUGACGACGACGGCGAACUCUGGAAGAUGCGCCGCGCCCAUAACGGUGACACAGAGAUUGAGAACCACGACGGUGUCCCAGUCCUCGUGUCAAGCAUGAAGCCAUGGAACGAUGUCGACGUGCUCACAUACCUCGUCCCUCCGGCCGAAGACACACCAAACUGGCAUCUGCGCGUCCAUCGCAUCCGAACCGGCCGGAGCCUUAUGACUGCAGAGGGUGCCUGGGCUGUAUACGGAUGCCGGGAAGCGGACGGCAGGAACCUGACUGAAUUGAACGAAUCCAUAUCUGAGGGCGGAAAGGCGGAUUUCAUGAGUGCAUUUGCGGCUUCAAGGUCCGGAGCCGUGGGCAUUGCAGAGUUGCACCAGGGCUCAAGGAAGGGCAGCGUCUUGCUCUCGGACGCUAAUUCGAAUCUGGUGGAAGCAAGGAGCGUGCUGCCAACCAUCCACAAGGACUUGAAGGCUGGGGCCACUACCUGGUUCGUAAGCGCGGUGUAUGCCCUGCCGUCAAGCGUGGAGGGGUGGAAAGACCAAUGGAAGGCCGGCUGGGAGAAGAAACCCGUAAUUCCCAAGUGGCUUUCAGAUCGAAUCUCUGGCAGAUGGGAUUAGUCGAGGGACGACAACGGCCAAAAGCUUGUAGAAUCGAAAACUGGAUAGGACGGGCGAGAAAAGCAAAUCGGGCGCUUCGAGAUAGAAUGCAAAUAUUCAGACCGAAUACUCAAUAUCCUAGUCCUGCUUUCCUGUUGCCCAUGCCCAUUCCGCCGAAGCUAAUCUCGCUCCCGAGUUUCCCAAAUGUUCAUUGACGCCACAAAGGAGAGAAUGAUAUCUUAUGCUAUGUGUUUU